AUAAUAUUCCAAUCCUGUCUAAAAAGAAUAUAUUCUAAUUCUGUCUAAAAAAAAUUAAUAUUCCAAUUCCAAUAUUUAGAUGGGCGGGGUGAUGUGACAUUAACGUUGGUUGAAACUGCGACAUUGUAGACCACGGGAAUUCCUUGAGGAUCUCAUCUGCCUUCCCUAAUCCUUCAUUGCAUCGACUUCGAUUCUCUGCUCUGCUCCUUCACACACCUCACACACUAAACAUUCGAAUACCAUUUGGCUGCAUAGUUAUGCCGGCGCUUCAGCUUUUCUCCCCUUUUCUCCCAAAGCUUCCAUUUUUCUGCACACUAAAUCUUUCUGCUCCUCCCGCCUUUUCUUUUCGGAUGUCUUCCUCCACGCCAAGGUGCUCCUCACUUGCAUCGGUUGCUCCGCUCGAAGCAAUCCUAUUUGACAUUGAUGGAACACUAGCUGAUUCGGAUCCUAUCCAUUACUACGCAUUUAGAGAAAUGCUUCAAGAGCUAGGAUUCAAUGGAGGAGACCCCAUAACUGAAGAAUUCUUCAUCAACAAUAUUAGUGGCAAGCAUAAUGAGGAACUCUGCCACGUUCUCUUCCCAGAUUGGGAUCUCGAAAGAGCGAGGAAAUUUUUCGAUGACAAGGAGGCGAUGUUCCGGAGACUGGCAGCAGAACAAACGGAACCCGUUGCUGGGCUCGACGCGCUGUGCAGAUGGGUGGAAGACAAGGGGCUGAGACGCGCUGCAGUCACCAAUGCACCGAGGGCGAAUGCUGAGAUGCUGAUCUCCUUGUUGGGGCUCGAAGAAUUCUUCGAGCUGCUCGUGAUUGGGAACGAAUGUGAACGACCAAAGCCGUUUCCAGACCCGUACUUGAAUGCUCUGCAGGGCCUCGGAGUAUCUGCUGAUCAUGCAUUUGUCUUUGAGGAUUCUGUGUCUGGAAUAAAAGCUGGGAUGGCUGCUGGGAUGCCAGUGGUAGGCUUGGCUCUGAGGAAUCCUGAAAGCUUGUUGACAGGAGCUGGGGCAGCUAUGGUGAUCGAGGAUUAUACCGAGUCGAAGCUCUGGAAUAUUCUAGAAGAAAUAGCCAACAAGAAACAGGAAUUCGAAGUUAUUACAUGAGCUGGGAAGAAUGCCAUGGAUGCACUGAUUAGCCUGUUGUUUUUGUGGCUCUAAUAGAAGAGAAAAGAAAAUCUCCACUUUUAACUUUUUAUGAAGCUAGUUAUAUAAAUGAAAGUGCACUCUUUGUUCUUGUAGCUAAA